ACUCCAACAUUCUGGGCCGAAAUCCGCUGACGAAGAGAGCGAGGGUCACCGCAUGACGGCGGCCGAGGGACAUCCAGCGCGAUGCGGGUCCUUUCGUGGAACGUCAAUGGGAUACGCACGGUGCGCCAGUACCGUCCGCUGUACAAGCUGAAGUGGAGCGAGUGCCUCGAAGCGCUCGAAGCGGAUAUCAUCUGCUUCCAAGAGACCAAGAUCACCCGCAAGCAGCUCCUCGUCGAGGACCGCGACAUGUGUCUGCCCAAGGGCUACUAUGCCUUCUACAACCUCCAUCCCACCAAGGGCUACAGUGGCACGGCCACUUUUGUAAAAGACUCGGUCUGCACCCCGCAGAGGGCCGAGGAGGGCAUCACGGGUAACCUCGUCAAGGACAGACGGGAUUCCAAGACGGCCAUUGGAGGCUAUCCCGACCUGCUUGCGCCUGAGUCGCCUCAGUUUGACUUGAUUGAUCGAGAGGGAAGGGCAGUGGUCGUUGAUUGUGGCAUGUUUGUGCUGUUCAACCUCUACUGUCCCAAUGAGACCGACGAAGGAAGACGAGAGUACAAAAUGGCCUACUAUACAACGCUCGAGGAGAGGGUGCACAACCUGCUCGAAGCCGGUCGAGAGGUCAUCAUCGUCGGCGACCUCAACAUUGCCCAUCUCCCCAUCGACCACGCCGACUCUGUCCAUGCCAAGAUGAAUGCCGAGACGCACCUGGACCAGCACCCGGCCAGGCGUUGGCUCGAUCGGUUCCUCACCCCCGUGGGCCGUUUUAUGGAUGCCGGUCGACACAUGCACCCGAGAAGAAGGUUCAUGUACACAUGCUGGAACACAAUCAAGAAUUCGCGAGCCUCCAACUAUGGCGCUCGGAUCGACUUUACGCUCCUCAGCCCUGGACUGGUUGAUUGGGUCAAGGACGCUGGCAUUCAGCCAGAUGUCCAGGGCUCCGAUCACUGCCCUGUCUAUGUCGACCUGCACGACGAGAUUACUCUGCCGGACGGCUCCGUUGUCAAGCUGCGCGACAAGCUGAGCCAAGAGGCAAAGCCGCCUCCGCUUGCUACCUCGUCGUGGCCCGAGCACUCGGGGAGGCGCAUUCAGAGCUUCUUUGCGGCGGGUCCCUCUGCAGCAACACCCUCCCCCUCGCCGACGCCGAAUCUUGCUGCAUCAACACCUUCGCCAGUGCCCAGUACAACAACACAAAUGCCUACAUCCACAGCUCCGAGGGUUGAGAGGUCGGCAUCAAUGUCAUCACAGGAGCCUGUCUCGUUGACAGGAUUACGGUCAGAGAAGGUCCAGAAUGAGACAGCGAGCAGCAGAGGGUCACAGAGCCCCGGUAAAGCGAUCAAGCGGCCAGAUGGCCAGGCCAAGAGCAAAGAGAAGGCUACGGUGAACGGAAGCGGGAGAAAGGGGGCACAGCAAGCGACGCUCAAGUCCUUCUUUGGGAAAUCGCCAAAGGAGGCAGAGCUGCCAGCAUUCAAAGCAGAGGAAGAAGAGCUAGAGAGGCAAGAAGCGGCUGGAGAGGCGGCGGGCCUGGUGGCAGAGCCAGACCCAUCUCCGUCAAAGACACCACUGAAAGAGGCAGAGAUGGUGGAGGAGGAAGACUCGGGCGCAGCGAGAGUCCAGUCUUCACUGGCGUGGGGAUCCAUCUUUGCUCCGCGAGCCUCGCCACGGUGUGGCGGUCAUAACGAGCCAGCAAAGCCAUGGACGGUGAACAAGCCCGGGCCGAAUCACGGGCGCAAGUUCUGGAUGUGCGCUCGCCCCGUCGGCGGCACUGGAGAGCCUGACCACGACAAGCAAUUCCGGUGUGGCUUCUGGAAGUGGGAUUCCGAGGUGCGAACGAAGGCGCAGCGGGAGGAUUCGGACGAGGCAACGGGCGGACGAAAGAGCUUCCACGAGGUGGCGGGAAGGGCGCCCAUGCUCGGCAGUGGCGAGAAGCGUACCUUGCCCUCCCCUUCUGCGUCUUCUCCAGUGAAACGUCGCAGAGACGCUUGAUCAUCUUUUGUAUUUCUACAACAUCGGGCAGAGGAACA